GUAUUCGAUUCUAACAGGUUUCAACUUAACGUCGCAGAUGAUAGUCUCCUCCCUUCCACUGAUAACAUUGCGUCAAACAGGACUAAAUUUGAAAAAAAUAUUCUACCAUUUACUCGAAGAGAACAAAUGAAAGCUGAUGGCAUUGAAGGGCAUUUGUUAGGCUUUAAUGGUGCUCCAUCUGCUGUGGAUUCGUCACAUCUCCAAGCUGGAUUAGAAUCUAAACUUGGUGGUUUUGAUGGGUCUGCUGAAAUUGGGCUUACUGAAGAGGACAAUUUACUUGUUGUCGAUAAUCCUGUGGAACUCCAUAAUUUCAUGGCUGGUAGUGUAAAAGCAGAGUUAUUGCCCUCCCACGAGACACCUAAUGGUGUAGCUGAGAAACUAACAGCUUUAAAGGCUGUCUUCCAGGAUGAAAGGCCUGUUGUCAGAGGGAAAGAAGGUCCACCUUUUCUUCCCGGUCCCUAUGAUACGAGGGAGCCAGAUAUUCCAUUUCGGAACCAAAAUAUCCAUGCAUCUUCUUCAAACCUUCAUCCUCAGUUGAAUCCUGGAGGUCCUUUGUUUCAUUCAUUAGAUUCACAUCCUUCUAACAUUGGUUCUCAGAUGAAGUUCAUGGCUCCCGAAGGCAUCAUCCAUCAUGAUGCCCCACUAAAUCAUCAAAUUCCUACAACUAUGUUUCGUCCUGCCCAUCAUCCUAGCAAUGGACUACCUGGAUUUGAUCCUCCAAUUCAUCAUCCUAUGUUACAGAAAAUGCAUAUUCCUGGAAAACCCCCUCCACCAAACUUGCAACGAGGAUUUCCUGGUGUUGCACAGCUGCUGCCACAUUCAAAUAAUGAGAUGACUGGUAUGCUACCAGAAUUGAAUCCAAUGCUUGGUUUUCCAUUGGGGCAUGGUCACCGGCAGCACCAACCCAACUUUGCUGGUCUUGGGAUGCCGCCAGGUCAUGACGUUGGCAGUGGGAGCCAUCAUCCAGAGGCAUUGCAGAGGCUUAUCGAGAUGGAACUCAGGUCAAAGCAGAUGAGCCCUUUCGGUGCGUCUGGCCUUAGCCAAGGCCAAGGGGUUUACGGUCACGAGUUAGACAUGGGUUUUCAGUAUAGAUAAUGGCUUUUGGUUGUGGUUUUGCCUCUUCUCCCAAUGGAUUGUUUCUCUCCGAGAAUUGGAGGAUGAGUUUGAUGUUCUUAAUUAUGGAGGGAUUACUCUGGCUCACUGUAAUUAAAAUGAUCAUUAUCAUACUUGAAAUUGGCAUUUUGGUUGCAA